AUGGCUGUUGUAGGCGGGGUUCCUUCUGGAAUGAACCCAUUCCACUACAACUCGAGUUCGCCUCUCACGCUAUUUUUGUUUCAGACGUGUUUAAUUCUGGCGACGUGUAAUUUAAUUCAUAUCCCUUUUUCGAUGAUACGACAGCCAAAAGUUAUCUCAGAGGUUAUUGCCGGUGUGAUUUUGGGUCCUACAGUAUUCGGACAGAUCCCCAACUAUACAGAAACAGUGUUUCCUGCAUCAUCCAUUCCAGGUUUGAACCUGACAGCAAAUCUUGGAAUUAUCCUGUUUAUGUUCUUUCUAGGUCUGGAGGUCGAUUUGCCUUUCAUCAAAAAACACCUGAAAACCGCACUAUCGAUCGGGAUAACCACCUUGGCGGUGCCAUUCGGCUGUGGUUGUCUACUGGCUAUACCUUUGUUUCAUAAUUAUGCUAAUAAAGAUCCUGACGCACGAAUAAUUAAAUUUACAGUAUUCAUGAUCUUCAUUGCUGUGUCUAUAGCUGUUACAGCUUUUCCAGUCCUUUGUAGGAUUUUGAACGAAUUGAGAUUAAUUAAAGACAGAGCUGGUGUUGUCGUUUUAGGUGCUGGCAUCAUUAACGACAUUUUGGGCUGGAUCCUGUUGGCAUUGAGUGUCAUUUUAUCCAGUUCCAAUUCCGAUCCUUUGAACACUGUUUACAUCUUACUUUGCACGCUUGGCUGGUUUUUGGUGUAUUUCUACCCUAUACGGUUUAUUCUAAAAUGGGGGUUAGUAAAAACCCACGAACUAGAAAGAACGAAACCUUCGCCGUUGGCCACCAUGUGCAUUUUAUUCGUCAUGUUUAUCUCUGCAUACUUUACAGAUAUCAUCGGCGUACAUCCAAUUUUUGGUGCCUUUAUUGCUGGAUUGAUUGUCCCUAGGGAGAACCAGUAUGUGGUGAAAUUAACAGAGAGAAUGGAAGAUAUACCGAAUAUUGUUCUAAUCCCCAUCUAUUUUGCAGUUGCCGGACUGAACGUUGAUUUAACUCUAUUGAAUGAGGGCAAGGAUUGGGGGUUUGUAUUUGCCAGUAUCGCUAUCGCUAUCGCGAGUAAGAUUAUAUCAGGCUCGUUGAUGGGUAAGCUGCAUGGAUUAUUUUGGAGAGAGUCGCUAGCAGUGGGUAUAUUGAUGUCUUGUAAAGGUAUUGUUGAGAUCGUUGUUCUUACCGUUGGUUUAAAUGCAGGAAUCAUUAGCCGAAAAAUAUUUGGUAUGUUUAUUCUGAUGGCCUUAGUGUCCACCUUCGUUACAACACCUUUAACUAUAGUCGCAUAUCCGAACUCAUACAGGGCAGAACUCCAGAAAUGGCUUGAUAAACCGGACGCUGAAACAGACACACAUUCGAGCGCAACUGAAUUCAUAAAGAUGCAAGAUUAUACUAAUCAACUGACUACGUUCAGCGAUCUGCUCAAGUUCCGUUUCAGUGAAAUAGUAAACAUCGUAAAUACUACCGAGGGUGUUUCACCAUCGCUAGAACUCAUCAACUACUUGAAUCUCGGUAAACAACCACCAAGAGUCGAACCGGUACAUCAUGAAGAAGCCAGUAAAGAAUCAACUUCAUCCAGUUUCAAAACAACUUCGAAAUUCAAGACCUUGGCAAAGCAUUUUUCUCGUCAAACAGAUGAUACAGGUCUGACGUGUAUUGAGGAAGCUCCUUCUGGAUUUGAAUACUGCAUACCCCUGAAAACUGUACAUAUAAGGUUAUUGACGGAAAGAACAACUGAUUUGCUUCGGUCAUCUACAAUGUACGAUGAUGACCCUCAUUUUGUUGCCAACUGUGACUCUCUUCUUCAAAUAUUUGCUAUCUUCGCGAAGCUAUCGAAAGUUCCAUUUUCCAGCGAGGUGAUCUUCUCAACAAUAAGAGAAAAAGCAGUGAAUAUUAGAUCAAUGGAUUUCUAUGACUCCGAUUUUGUGUUGUUGCCGCUCAAAGGUUCCACGUAUGAAUUAAGAGGUUCAUCUGUGCUUGUGGACGAUAAAUACAAAUCAUUUGAGAAUUUCUAUUCGCAUUUGCUAGGUCUGAAUGAGCUUCCUUCUGGAUUUUUUUCCCAAUUAUGUUCUCUAAGAGCUAGCAUUGGGGUAUUGAUAUCAAACACCGGUGGCAGGCUAAACGCCGAUAAGUUUAAAUGCAAAAGUUUUAACUUAUUACUCCCUAGUCCUAAUUUAUCGUCCUCUGACUUCCUGGGUGUUUACAUUCUUCUGCUGAUCAAACAUCGGUCCGUUAAAAACAGGGAUAAUGUGAACUGUACCAUUUUCACAAACGAGAAGAACACGUCGUUUUUAGGAAAUCUUUGUACCCAACUUGCAGAUCAAAGCUGGUUUCAUCCCUCCGAUAUUAGUUUCGUAUCUGUCAGUACGGAGGAGAAGACAGAAAACAGUGUGGAAUUUUCACCUUUUAUUGAGUCGAUCCUUUCCAAGGGCCUGUCUGAGGAGGCCAUUGAAAAUUUGGAGGAAACUACUUUUAUUGUACCAGAGCCGUUUUUCGAAGCGUCCGCUACAUUCACAGAUGAUGUUAAGGCUGUGGUUUUGAAGGGGGCCAACAGAAAAUUUAAUGUUCUAAUAACGCAUUAUUCGACUUCAAUCACAGGUACAUAA